AUGGAACGCGUCCGGAAGGUAUGGCAGCAAGAGCAGGAUUAUGAACCCAUCGAAGGAGAGUCGGUCGACGAGGAACAAGAGAGACAGGAGCUGCGCGAGUCGACGUCGUUCUCAUGGACAGAAUACUCCAUCUUCCUGCUGCUGGGUGUGGCCAUGCUGUGGGCAUGGAACAUGCUGCUCGCGGCAGGCCCCUACUUCCAAAGCCGCUUCGCGUCGAGCGACCGCCUCUUGGACAAUUUCCAGGCCUCCGAGUUGGCCGUGUCAAGCAUCACAAACUUAGGCAGCAUGCUCGUCCUCACCAACAUGCAGGCCCGCGCUUCCUACCCUCGGCGUAUCGUCAUGUCCCUCUUGAUCAAUCUCGUCGCUUUUGCAUUGCUCGCUCUCUCGACAUGGUUUGCUCUCGGCGUUAGCCCAACUACCUACUUCGCCUUCCUCAUCUUCAUCGUCUUCGUCACCAGUCUGGCCGCUGGCUUGUGCCAGAACGGUGUCUUUGCCUUUGUCUCUGGCUUCGCCCAACCGCGCUACACCCAGGCUAUCAUGGCUGGCCAGGGUGUUGCUGGCGUGCUUCCUUGCAUUGCUCAAAUCGUCUCAGUACUCUCAGUCACAAAACCGCAGCCUGAUGAACCUGUCGACGACGGACCGNGGGCUCCUCCACCAGUCCCUGGAACAGCCGCCUUUGCAUACUUCCNNCUUACCGCCACCGUCAUUUGUGCCUCUACUCUUGUCGCCUUCUUCUUUCUCGUUCGAAAACAUAACGCCAAGAAAGCUGCUGCUCACCAAGAUAUGACCUCCAGUGUUGACAGCAUAGAACAACCUAAGAGAAACACAGUGCCACUCGCCGUACUCUUCCAUAAGUUGCGCUGGCUCGCAGCUGCUGUCUUCUUGACGUUUACUGUUACCAUGAUGUUCCCAGUCUAUACCCAACGCAUUCUGAGCGUCAACGCAACACACUCUACCUCUCGCAUCUUCCAAGCUCCUUCAUUUAUCCCUCUGGCUUUCCUAUUCUGGAAUGCCGGUGAUCUGCUGGGUCGCUUGCUGCCUGCUGUGCCACGUCUCUCUCUGAUUCACCGACCAAAACUCAUUCUCAUACUGUCUAUCGCCCGUGUGGGCUUCAUCCCGCUGUAUCAUGUCUGCAAUCUUCGUGGCCAAGGCGCUGUCAUUGACAGCGAUGUUUUCUACUUGGUCGUUGUUCAGUUGCUCUUUGGCAUAUCAAAUGGCUAUCUUGGCAGUAUGUGCAUGAUGGGCGCUGCCGAGUGGGUUGACCCAGAAGAACGCGAGGCCUCAGGCGGAUUCAUGGGCCUGUGUCUGGUGGCUGGUCUAGCGUUCGGCAGUUUGAUCAGUUUCUUUGCUGCAAAGGCGUAG